CGGUAUAACCGGAAAUCGAACCGAUAACCGGCGGUAACCGGUAUACCGUUAACCGGUGUGUGACGGUACUCGGAUGGGAGAAAGGAAUAGCCGGUAUACCGACUAAGUUUCGGUAUAAUACCGACGAUCAGCCGGUUUUACCGAUACCGAGAAUCCUCAAUCAAUCUUAAACAAAUAACCCUCCCAGUACUCCUCACCCUCCCUUCACCUGCUUGCGAGAAGCUCUGCAACCCUUCUCUCCUCUCUUUCUUUUUUUUUCUUCCCCAGCAACCUCUGCACAAGAAAUCCCCAACCUCUCCAAAUCAACAAGUCCAAAACCAACGUUCAUGAUUCUCAAUCUCAAAUGGCCACAGCCCACUAAAAAUCCCCAAUCCAUGCGCUACCUUUUCCAAAUCGGCAAAUCCCCAAUCAGCCGAUUCCCGACCCCAACUCUCUUAGACCGGAGAUUUCCGACCCUGGCCUCCGAUGACGGCUUCGCAACCUCCGACGGCGGCCUCGCCUUCGUUCCCGAGUCCCGGCCCCAACCUCUGAAGGCGGCUUUACCUUCGUACUCGAGUCCCGGCAGCAACUCCGACCAGAGAUUCAGCAGAUCUGGAGAUCCACCGCUGCCGCAGCACCUUCACAGACGGCCGGAUCCACCAGCGACGACUGCAUGCACGAGGGAGAUGGAGAGCCGCCGUGCGCUGGAGAUGCUACUCUGUCUCGAAAGUUUCUCCAGACCCCUGCUUCUGCUCUCCGUGCUCUGCAAAGAGUGGGUCAGUUGGGGGAAGAUGAAGAGUUGAAGACGAAGAAAAAAGAAAGGCUUAUCGGUUUUCGGAUAACCGGGAACCAUAACCGUUACCGACAAUCCGGUAAGCCGGUUAACCGAAAAUUACUCGGUACCGGUAGUCGGAUUCAAAGCUGGGCAUGUCGGUAAUACCGAUAACGGCUAAAUCGAUAACCGGUUAUACCGAUACCGACCGAUUACCAGCCCUAGGUAUACAUGUAUGAGUUAAUAAAUGCAUGUGUUAUAU